AUGAGUGAGUUCAUCAACGAAAACCCAGACGUCUUGGACGAGAACCUGCUUCCUUCUCGUUUCAAAGACAAAACGGAUAUCAUCCUGGAUAAUGACUUGAAGGCGGAGAAUUUGCAACGUAGAAUGCAACUUUUCAGCAUCCAUCAGAACUCUGAUUGCCAGGUGUAUCGCAGUAUCGAGCUCGUCGACAGACUACUGGCGCAAGAGGAAGUUUUGAGCAAAAACGAUGCCCCGGAGCUCACAGAUGCGGAAACUGAAGAAGAUGACGAUGAGUCAGAGGAAAGUGAAGAUCCGAUCGACGCCCAGGAAAUCUAUGAUCUCAUCGCUUAUAUCUCAGACCCGGAACAUCCACUCACACUGGGCCAGCUGGCUGUGGUAAAUCUUAUAGACAUCGAAGUGCGUGAAAACCCGGAUAAGACCAAGAUUUCAGAGGUGCUCGUCAAAAUCACUCCCACCAUCACACACUGCUCUUUAGCCACGCUGAUAGGCCUUGGAAUCCGUGUCAGAUUGGAAAGAGCACUUCCAGCACGCUAUAGAAUCACAAUUUUGCUGAAACAGGGCUCCCACCAGAGCGAAAACCAAGUGAACAAACAGCUCAAUGAUAAGGAACGGAUUGCCGCCGCGUGUGAGAACGACCAGCUCCUGGGAGUUGUGUCGAAGAUGUUGACCACUUGCAAAUAG